CCUCCUUUGGCCCCUCUCCGAGCCCGCAGCUACUCGUAGACUCGUCCUCGUCCUUGUCGUCAUCGUCACCAUUGUCGUCGUCGUCUCUUUGUGUACUCUACUGCUUGCCUGCAGUUCGCCUCCCUGCGUAGAGGAACCACCUCACCUUACCUUAGGUACCUUACUCCGUACCAAGCAAGCAAGCAAGCAAUCAAGCAACCAACCUCUGCGACUCCAUCCCUCAGCACCACCAACCAACCUCCGCGCAUCCGUCCGAGCAGCGCGCGCGCGCCCAAGCCAUACACACAUACAUACAUAUCCGCAGCACUAACCCCCCACAGUCACAGCGCAAUGCCCGACGCAACAACGACAACGACGACACCGGCACAGUCGCUGCACCACGGCCUCACGGCCGAGGAAGUCCGCGCCUUGACGGAGAAGAGCCUCGAUGCGCGCGGGAGGGCUUAUUGCCCCUACUCCUCCUUCCGCGUCGGCUGCGCCCUGCUCCUGCACCCCAGCAGCAGCAACCCCCAAACCCCCCCCACCACCACACCGACCAUAAUCCAAGGCGCCAACGUCGAAAACGCCGCCUACCCCGUCGGCACCUGCGCCGAGCGCGUAGCCGUCGGCACGGCAGUCGUGCAAGCCGGGCUGCGGCGCGGCGGCGUCAAGGCCGUGGGCGUCGCGACGGAUAUCCAGGGCUUUGCGAGCCCGUGCGGCAUGUGUCGCCAGUUUUUGAGGGAGUUUUUGGAUCUCGACACGCCCAUCUUCAUGCAUAACCGCGACGGCGAGUACGAGGUGCGCUCGCUGGGCGAGCUGCUGCCUAUGUCGUUUGGACCGGACACGCUGCCCCCUGCACGGGAGAUGGAGCGGAUGAGAGGCGAGGGGGGAAAGGCGUGAUAGGUGCCUACGUACUCCUAGGGGGGCGUGUGUGUGGUUAAUUGUUGGGGGUGUUUGUGGUGCAGGCUUGUUUGGGUAUUGUGUUGAUGUUGUGGAACCGGUAAGGCAGGCUGUCAGUGCCGCUCCGACAAUGGAAGAGCAACGGAGCGGCCUGCUGGUGCGAAGAGGUGCUGGCGUCUGCAGUGGAGCAGGACAAGCGCGAUACCUGCGGGCAUUAAAGCUGGUGGAGUCGAGAGGUCCCCUUCUGCUGCUGCGUGGAGGCAGGGAUACUGUACGAUCACUGUAUGGAGUAUAGGAGCUGUGCGAGCCGCCCGAACAGGAAAGACGGCACUGACGUGCGUGGUUUUGCCCGCUGCGGCUGCGAGCUAUGAUACUGGCACCACUGGCGAGGGCUCGUGUGCCUCCGCUGCUGCGAACUUUGUCCGGGUUUCGUGCUUGUGUCGUUGUCAUGCGGGCUUCACCGUCUUUAG